UUCGAACGUACCCAGCCGCAUCGGCGCACUUCGUAGCGCUCGAUCGGCUAUUCUCUCAUCCAUUCGUGGUUAUCUUGAGGAGUUUUUGUCAAACGGUAGUUCAGUGCUGGUUGAUCUUUGAAGGAGAUAUUCUCACUGAAAACAUGUCGUUCAUACAGGAUUUUUUCAAACGUCAGGUACCGGUAGUUAAAGCCGAAGAGGAAGAAGAGCCAGAAUUGGUGGAUCCACAGAAAGUGCUUCGUGAGGAGUGCGCUAAACUAGCAAAAUGCGUCAGCUUUCAAGAGAAACUGAACACAUGUAAUGACCGUGUGAAUUCCCGAUCCAACACAGAGGAAAUUUGCCUAGAGGAGCUUAUCGAUUAUGUGGAAUGUGUAGAUCACUGUGUUGCAAAAACUCUGCUCAGCAAACUCAAGUAAUUUCCUGCGAUACUCCCAGGGAGGAGUCAACUGUUGUCCACAAUGUUAUAGCCUAAUCUCUCCCAAUCAUUGUAUAUAUACAUAUAUCCAAUAUUAGAAAUAAAAGAUAAACCCACAGA